GCGUCGUGUGUUGAAACGGCACAUCUAUUUAUUUUAAUGUGUUAAUUUAUAUAUUAUUGAUAACGAGUUAAAGCAGUGCAAAAUCUUAAGUUGGUGUUAUAUUAGAUUGUACCAUCGUCAUGGAGGGAAAGGCUACUAAAAUGCCCAAAGUGGCAAAGGUUAAAAACAAAGCGCCAGCAGAGAUUCAAAUCACUGCAGAGCAACUUCUCCGCGAAGCAAAGGAAAGAGAUUUGGAAAUAUUGCCACCUCCACCUAAACAGAAAAUCUCUGAUCCAGAGGAGUUGAGGGAUUAUCAGCACCGUAAAAGAAAGGCAUUUGAAGACAAUAUAAGGAAGAAUAGACUUGUUAUAGGAAACUGGCUCAAAUAUGCUCAAUGGGAGGAAUCACAAAAACAAGUGCAAAGGGCUCGCUCCAUAUACGAACGAGCCCUGGAUGUGGAUCACAGAAAUGUUACCCUAUGGUUGAAGUACACAGAAAUGGAAAUGAGAAACAGACAAGUGAAUCAUGCUCGUAACUUGUGGGAUAGAGCAGUCACCAUACUACCCAGGGUCUCCCAGUUUUGGUACAAAUACACUUACAUGGAGGAGAUGCUGGAAAAUGUGGCAGGAGCCCGGCAAGUAUUUGAAAGGUGGAUGGAAUGGCAACCAGAUGAACAAGCUUGGCAAACCUACAUCAACUUUGAACUAAGGUACAAAGAACUUGAAAGAGCUAGACAAAUAUAUGAAAGAUUUGUCAUGGUACAUCCUGAUGUAAAAAACUGGAUUAAGUAUGCUAAAUUUGAAGAAAACCAUGGCUUUAUCAAUGGCUCUAGAAAAGUGUUUGAAAGAGCUGUUGAAUUCUUUGGUGAUGAAGAUUUGGAUGAGAGGUUAUUCAUAGCAUUUGCAAAGUUUGAGGAGAAUCAGAAAGAACAUGACAGAGCCAGGGUAAUUUACAAAUAUGCUCUGGAUCACAUCCCAAAAGAUAGAAACAAGGAAUUAUACAAAGCAUAUACCAUACAUGAGAAAAAAUAUGGAGACAGAUCUGGCAUUGAAGAUGUCAUAGUAAACAAGAGAAAGUAUAUGUAUGAACAAGAAGUUAUUGAAAAUCCUACUAAUUAUGAUGCUUGGUUUGAUUACAUUAGACUUGUUGAAAAUGAAGGAAAUGUUGAUGACAUAAGAGACACAUAUGAAAGAGCUAUAGCUAAUGUACCUCCCUCCAAGGACAAACAAUUUUGGAGACGCUACAUUUACCUUUGGAUAAAUUAUGCCUUGUAUGAAGAAUUAGAGGCAGAAGAUGUUGAACGCACCAGGCAGGUCUAUAGAACUUGCUUGGAGUUGAUACCUCAUAAAAUAUUCACAUUUUCCAAAAUUUGGCUUAUGUAUGCUCAGUUUGAGGUGAGAUGUAAAGACUUGAAACAAGCAAGGAAGACAUUAGGUAUGGCUUUAGGAAUGUGCCCAAGGGAUAAGUUGUACAGGGGUUACAUUGAUUUAGAGAUACAGCUGAGAGAGUUUGACAGAUGUAGGAUAUUGUAUCAGAAAUUCUUAGAAUAUGGCCCUGAAAACUGUAUUACUUGGAUAAAGUUUGGAGAAUUGGAAACACUUUUGGGAGACAUAGACAGAGCUAGGGCUAUUUAUGAAAUUGCAGUCGGGCAGCAAAGACUAGAUAUGCCUGAAUUGCUUUGGAAGAGUUUUAUUGACUUUGAAGUUGCCCAAGGAGAGACUGAAAGAGCUAGACAACUGUAUGAGAGAUUGCUGGAAAGAACAGUACAUGUUAAAGUGUGGCUUUCUUAUGCUAAGUUUGAGCUGAAUGCAGAAAACGCUGAUAACAUCAAUGUGGAAUUAGCCAGGCGUGUGUAUGAGCGAGCCAAUGACAGCCUACGAAGUCUUGGAGAAAAGGAAGCAAGAGUUCUCCUCCUAGAAGCUUGGAAAGACUUUGAGACAGAGAUUGGUGAAGAUACUAAACUAGAAAAGGUGUUGGCUAAAAUGCCCAGGAGAGUUAAGAAGAGGCAGAAGAUUGUAAGUGAUGAUGGCGUAGAGGAGGGGUGGGAAGAAGUGUUUGAUUACAUAUUCCCUGAAGAUGAAAUGGUUAGGCCCAAUCUUAAGCUCCUUGCUGCUGCUAAACAAUGGCGUAAACAAAAGGAAGUGCCAGAAACUCCUGCUGCUCCUGAGACACAGGAGACUCUGGAGCAACCAGAAAAAGAACAUGACCAGCCACAAGCUAAUGUUGACAAUGAUUCUGAUGACAGCAGCAGCAGUGAUAGUGAUUCCUAA